AUGAAUCACACUAUUCUGUUCAUUUUCGCUUUUGUUGCUAUUGUUUUUGCAAAACCUCCCAUUAAAGGUUCUGGAACAAGUAGCGAGGAAAAGGCUGAGCCGGAAGUACCAGAUGUGAAAGAGCGUCGAUCUGUGAAGGAUAGAGUCACUCAGCAACCCGAAGAAAGCACUGAUGUCACCGAAAUUUCUAGUCCAGUUUUUGUUGCAGUCGUAGCCAAAAAGUUUUCUGCAGUUACGGCUGUUCCGUCAGCAGAUGCUAAAAAUUCUUCUCAGGCUAAGGAGGUCGGUAUCAUUGUAGUUUAG